AUGUCAUCAGAUAUUGACGAAACAUCCGAGUCAGUUAAUCAUGUUAAUAGAUACCUUCGGCCAAGUUGGAAGGAUGAAUAUCCAUGGCUUGAAUUUGAUAUGCAAAAUAAACGAAUGUUUUGUACUUUAUGUCGUGCUUGCAAUAAGAAAAAUGCAUUUGCAAAAAAUGGAUCUACAAAUAUUAAGCUUUAUGCUGUAAAAGAACAUACUAAAACAAAAGAUCAUAUUAGCUCAGAAGCAAAAAAAGAAAUUAUAAACGCACCACCUGGACAUGUUAUAAGCUUAAUGAAAAUUGUUUAUUCUAUGGCAAGAAAUGAUUUUCCAUUAAGCAAAUUUAAUCAACUAACUCUAAUGGGCCGUGCUAUUGAAUCUCCACAUCUAAUUUCUAAAGACUGUUCAAUUACAUAUGAAAACAAUAUAUAUGGGCGAGAAUUAUUAUCUUCUAUAGCUCUUUCAAUUGAAAAUAAACUUUGGAAUGAAUUAUGUCUUGCUACGGCUAUAG